AGACUUCAUAUCAGCUUGUUCAUUUUAAUACUUUGGCUAUCAGUCACAGAGCAAUUUUUACGUUCUAACUACUUUGAAAAGUAAGAAAUUCCACCAAAAUUAGCCGUCUUUUGCGGUUACCGAAAUUAACGCAAAUGGGUCUGAAACGCUUUGUAUCCUCUGUGAUUCGCAAGUCCCCGAUCAGUCCGUCGGAACCUGGAAAAUUGGCUGCCGGUUGCCCAGCCGUGUUCGCCCAAGACGGCACGUGGAGUGCCAAGUUCAAUGGUCGCUCCGCUCCGGAGAAGAUUAACGAUCAGGUGAUCAAGCAAGAGUCCGGCCGCAAGGACGCCGAUUUAACUUCCACAACUCGACUCCCACGCAAACGUUCUUGGCUACAGAGGCGUGUGAUUCCCUCGUAGACGACGCUCGCGUGUUUAAAUAUCCAGAAAUGCCAAAUCUGUAAUCGCAACUUCAGUCGCCGUUUUGCAGUUUCACGCUCUGGUGUGCUAAGUAAAUGAUUUAUUACUUCAA